CGGCGCUGCACUUUUAACGCGCAUUGUUAUCAGCAAAUUGCUGAUACAGUUUAUCUCGUCAUGAUCGUUAGCACAUGGACACGGUAAUUCGGCUAGUCAGUCGUCAAAAACUCUAAACCACGUCGGCGUAACAAGAAGGCGGCCUAAGACAGAUAAUAUUAUACCGACACUCGUGAGUACCUAUGUAAAUUGCAUAAAAUAUUUUGUCGGUACAUUAACAUCUAAAUAUUACUUACGUUUACACUAAUCGUAUCUAUUAACUAUUUUGUACAAUUUCAAUUUUAUCUUGUACGAACUCAACAUCACCAUUACAAGUUAAUGCUUAUAGGUGAUGUAUAAUCUACCUUCAUUAGAUUGUAUAUUAUUUUAUUUUCAUCGGUUACAAAAAUAAGCAAUUAUCAUUAUUAGUAUUAUAACCUACUUAUUACCUACUCCCGCGUGUGUUGGUACCGGCCAUCGUAAUUUAUGUAACCCAACGAAUCCGGCGAUUGGUUUUCCAAUUCGUCCGCGUAUAAGUUAUUAUACUUUGGUAUCUAAUUAUUAUUAUCAUUAUUUUUAUUAUUGGUGAAAUACAAAUAUUGACAAUAAUAUAGUUAAACGAGAAGUGAUGUGUAUUUAAUAUUGUGUGUAGGUACCGUCAAACGAUCGUUACAGGUCCAAAAAUUUCGAUCGCGGACAGACUUGUAUGAAAAAAAAAGUUAAGUUACGUUUUGUGGUUGCUAUAUACCUAGUUCAAUUCAGAAGGGCUUUGCACCCUUUUGCCUUCCUAAUGACACCUCUUAACUAUUAUACAAUAUACCCACAUUUCUGUAGUUGGAUUAUUAAAUUUUAGCAUUUUUGUAGGUACUAAUUAAUAUUCAUAUUAAUGUUAUCUGUAGUUACUUAUUAUUUAAAUUUUUUCUUAACUUUUACGCUAGGGUCCGAGAUAAUCAGUAAUAUUUUCAUUUUUUCGGUGUAGGUACACCUAGAUACUAUUUUGUAAAAAUAAAAACCAUAGUACAUAUUUUUUUUUUUUUUAAUCUAUCAUUUAUACCUACGAGACUUUUAAAUUUGAAUUUCUUUACUUUUUUUAGUAAAAAAAAGUCAACAAUUUGCCGUUAUUUAGAUAGUUAUAAUAUUAAUUUCUAUAAGCCUUUCGGGUAUCGUGCGAUCAAUGGCAUGUGUGUAAUUACCGAUUAUAAACUACAUAAAUGUGUUCUUUUUUAAUGUCUGUUUUACAAUUUUUCUACCUAGAAAACUUACUCCGAUCAUCAACUUCAAGAAUGGUUUUACUGGUUUUCGUUAACAAAUUUUGUCUGGUUAGUGCAUUUGGGAGGUUAUUUUUGGAUUUUCUUUGUUUUUUUUCUUUAAAAAAUGUGAUACCGAUGAUAUCCAAGAGUAAAAACAUAUUUACGUCGACUUAGUAAAACGUUUCAUAAUACGCGUUAUAAAACAAAAAUAAUAAGAUGAUAUUCUGAAGUACAUGACGAUACAUUUUUGAAAAAAAAAAAAUGAAUUUUUGUUGAAAUAGUUGAUAUUAAUAAACUGAUCAUUAUUUCCGGGAUAAUGGUAAAAUUGCGUCGUGAUGUACUUUGGAAUAUUGUUCUCUUUAGUUUAAUAAAAUAGGCGCUAUUACUCUAAAUUCAAAAUUAAGCGAGUAGCUGCUCGGUUUGCGUAAUGAAUAGUAAAAUAUCUCUAAAUCGAUUACUCAAACUGUGAUGUAUUUAGGAUAUUCCCAAGGGAAAAUAUUAUGUAUUGUAUUUGAUAAUAUAACUAAUUGUGUCACAUUGUUCAUUACGUGUAAUCAGGCCAAAACAAAAUAAAUAUAUUUGUGUGAGUUAUGUACAAUUCAAUCAGCCCUCAAAAUAUGUACUUAACAUUAACAUUUUAUUUGUUAUUUUGGUAUUAACAGUCUCCUUCGCAGUAUUAAUUGGAACAUUUACUAAAAUAGUGAACACGUUCACGCUCGUUGAAAAAUAUCUCUAGGUAUUAGAAAUUAUUACUGUGGAUCUUAUUUUCCAAGACUGUGUUCCGAAGUGAUAAAAAUAAAAAAAAAUGCGAUAUAAUUAUUUACAUAACAUAUUAUUAGUAUCUAUUACUUAUUACUAUUGUCGUUUUGAAGUUUCCUUAACAGAGUUUUCAUGGAGGAGGCAAUACAGAGAUUAAAUAAAAAUAAAUAAAUUAUACGAGUAUAACGCUCACAACACUCAUUCACACCACUAUAAUCUAUAGUUCUUUCCUUUACACCCUUUAGUAUUCUUAAUAGUUCGAGAAAGUACCGCCAAAAGCUUUGAAUUUAGAUAUUCCCUGUCUCAAAACUUGACUGCACCAUUACCAAAUAUUACCUGCCUUGUCGUUGACAGUCAAUAUUUUUCUUAGUUCGUGACUAACAAUGUAAUACAUCAUUAUUAGGUAUCAUUGGUAUAAUUGAUAAUAAUAUUAAAAUUACUUUUUUUUUUUUUUUAUAUCAAAAACGUUUCGCCACUACGCGGGAGUUACCUAUCUUUAUCCGUGUGUUCCUUAAUCAAUGAGCUAAUUCAGUGAGUUGCUUAGCAGAUCGAUAGAGUUUAGGAACACUUUUUGUUAAUCAGUUGGAACAUAUUAUUAAUAUCAUUAUUUAAGGUUACCUAUACGCCAUAAUCACCAAUAUUUUAUUCUUAUCAUUUUUCAUUAUUUUCAUCGAGAACUAAGUAUAAAACAUUUGAUUAAAAGUUACAAUUAAAUACAAUAUAGGUAUACAUACUAGGAUUAAAUGAUAUACAAAUCGAGUCAGUAUCUAAAUGUUUUAUAAAAAUAUUUCCAGCGCACAAAAACCGUAUUAACAUUAUAUUGUAUUGUACACGUCGAGUGUUGGAAUUGGAAUUUGGAAACACGUUUGUACAUUAAACAAAAAUUUUAACAUAUCAUAUUUUUUUUUUUUUGUCAAAUAUAGGCUAGUAAAUUAGUUUCAAUUGUAACGCGUAAAGUGUAGUGUUUAUCACAUCCGUCUAGUUAAACACUAUUCCAUGCACAAAAUAUCAGAUUGCUGAUUGCUUUAUCCGAUUGAUCACUUCCUCUCCAACGGAUUGGUCAGCAGCUGAGUUUAGAAACAGUAAAAUCUAGCGGCUGACCAAUCUGCUUAGGAACGCACGAUAUAUUUUGUAUUUGUUAUAAUGAUAUAUUUGUUGACAAAAUAAAUUAUUGGACAUUUAGAAGCCGAUUAAAAUGUCGACGGGGAAAUUUAUAUCUAUUUUAAUAAUAUCUGGAGCAGCGGAUGUCGACCCAUGAAAGUUCGUCUAAUCUCCAUAACCGCCGUUCGCCAAACGAAUAUUGUUAUCGAUUAAUAACUUCUAUUUUAACAACAUGAACAUUUAUAAUAAUAAUAAUAAUAUUAUUAUUAUCUCGUCAAUGAACCCGUUUCUUAAACAAUAAUAUCAAACAGACCCCUCCGUUUAUUAUUUUUAGACCGUCCAGACUUAAAUAUGUGUGCGUACUGUGCCGUUGUCUGUCCCGAUAUAAUAAUGGAAUACAAUAUUAUUAUUGUCGUCCUAAUAGUAAAAAAUAAUAAUAAUAUUUUCCACACGUUUCAAUUAAGAUGUGGAUUCCGAUUCGUUGUUUCGUCUGCACGCGUUUCUAUUAUUAUCGAAUUAAAUUAAUAAAUGACCGGACGCAGGUCGAAUUAAAAAUAUCGGUUAUUAUUAUUAAACGUUUAAUAAUUGUCGGGCCGGGCUAUUACUUAAAAAAAAAAAAUCUAAUUUUAUUUCUCACGGCGCACACAGUAUGGGAUAUACUCGUAAAAAUCUGACCGAAAUUAUUUUUAAAUAUGUUCUUAGUAGUUAAUAUAAAAAAGACCGAUAAAAUAACUUAUCGACAUAAUCUUAAAUCGAUAUUUUACCAUUUUAUACCGAUAAUUACAAUUAGGAAUAGGUAGUUUCAUUCGGUAAUCGGAUAAAAAGCUACGGACAAAAAAUUCUGACUAAAAUAACCACAGAUGAAAAAGUCCAUGGAGCAAAAGAUACACAAAAUAAGCUAUACAGGUUAAUAUAACAAUUAAAUAUUAUUAUUUUUUUUAUAAUGUAUUAUUACUACAAAAACAAAUUAUAACAAUAGGAAAUAAUUAAUGAUAAUGUAUAAUAAUAAUAAUUAAAAUAAACGUAUUGAAUAGCUGUUCAAAAUUCGUCUAUGGUCCAUUUAUUUAAAUUGCUGCAUUUUUUAAUUUUACCUUAAUGUUCUCAAGUUUUAAUUAUUAUUAUUUUUUUAAAUUUAAAUUGUCUACUAUUUAUGUUUCGUCCGAAGACAAUUUUAACCUUAUUUUAGAUAAUAAAUGGAGCUAGGAAUAUAUUAGUUUUACAAUGAUGUUUAUUUUUAUUUUUUCUGUGGACAACUUGUCUACCAGCAAUUUUGCUCCGACUUAACGAUAAUACUUUUUCUGAAAGGAAAUCACAUGCAAUAUAUUUUGUUUUGAGGUUCUAAUUCUCUUUCUUGAAAAAAAACCUUUUUUGACUUGUCGUUAAAGUCGCAAGGAUGCGAUAUAUCGAUAUGCCAUUUCAUAAAUUACAUACCUACAAAAUAAAUGCUUAUCCCUUAAAUAAGGGUACAUUUUAUAAUUAAUGACAGAUUUGGUUUCUAGGACCUUUAAAACUCAUAAUUCGAUACUUUUUGAUUUGUAAUAGUAUACCUAUAUAAUUUAAGAACCAUUAUUAGCUUCGGUCAAAUUAGUUUCAAUUUAAAACCACUGUGCGACGAAGGAUCCUCCGUCGAGUAAAUUCUGCGUUGUAUACAGUAAUUUUUAGAUUCUAAUCGAGCGAACUGGUUUUACUAAAUUAUGUGUGUGAUUUUUAUUUUUGAUUUUUUGGUUUCUUAUCUUGAAACAACUUUUUCUUGGUAAAAAAAAAUUGCAAUCGUCACCAUUAGUGAUGGUUGCUGAUAGUAAAUUUAGUCUACGAGCAUACUGGUAUUCGUAUGUAUAAAAAGUCCCGUGAUUUAUCUAAACGCUUUGUUGAUUUACUAUGGCAAUUAAAUAUAAAAUCUACUGUAACGCGGCAUGUAUGACCGGCAUACAAUAAGUGUGAAUGUAUUAUUACAUUUUCAACUAUGAAAAUGUUUGUCCAAACUGCUGUUAGAAUGGUUUUUCAUUUUGUAAUGAUUUAUCAUUAUUUCCAGUAUAGCAUUAAAAACUAAAUUACACCUUAAAUUGUAUAACUUUUAAAAUUUUCAUCUAUACAAUAGUGGCCUAAUAUUCGGGUUGCGAAGUAUGUCUUAGAAAUCACAGUAAUAUUAUUCGAAAAGAAAUUAAAUACAAAUGUUUUUAAAUACCAAUUAUUUAUUAUUUUCGCAUAGAUGUAUAUACGUAAUUUUAAAUUUUUGUUCGUGACAGGUUUAAUUAUAAUACCUAUAUAAAGUAGAUCGGAACGACCCUGGACUCGGGGUAUUUUUAUACGAAUUAAUUACUUUUAUUUUUAAUUACCCCGGCUAUGAGUAAAAAAAAAAAAAAGAUUUUUUUUAGAAUAAUAUUCUUGAUUUAUUUACAAGAUUUUUGUACAGAGUUAUAAUAUGAAACGCAUCAAAAGAUUUUCACUAAAGAAUACUGGUGGAGGUGAUGGUAUUGUGAAACAAAAUUGUGAAGAAAAAUAUUACCAGUUUCCGAAGAAAUAUAUUAAUUAACGUUGAAUAACAUUUUUCUUUUCUUUUUUUAUUUUUCAUCGCAGCUAUACGUGAAAUAAAAAAUAAAAAAAAAUACCAUUACAUUUUCACGGUAAACUUAUACUUAAUACUUUUGCAAAUUCUGCAGAGAAAAUUAUAACCUAAGCUAAGUGGUUCUACUGUAGGUAAUGAUGUGUGCUUUCUGCUUUUAUAUUCUGAGCGCAGAGAGGAAUAACGUAUUAUAUGAUAUGGUUUUUUUUUUUAUUAUGUACACAUUUUUUCCGUCUAAAAUCUCGCUCCGAUUUUCAAGUGUACCAUCUUUUCCGAAAAUUAAUUAUAUUUAAUUUUUGCAUUUAGAGACCUUUUUUUGAUUUUCCUCUCAACUUUCCUAAUUAUUGGAAAACAAAAUAUUGGACGAAACGAGAAGGUUGAAAACAAUAAUGUUUCAUUAUUUUUGAUUUUGCUUUUUAUUUUAAUCCGGUUAAAAAUAAUCGUAGAGACUUAAAAUUGUCUAGCAUUUUUUAUACGUCAUACAAUUUUCAACAAACUUUGGUGAUUUUUAAGCUAUGCAUUUGAUUCUUUAGAGUUUUUUUUUAAAUUUAUUUGAUUUUAUGCGAUUAAAAUCAAAAGUAGUAUUGUUUUGGUCGAGUAAAAAUGCUUAAAGUUACAUAAAGGUCAUAAUCAAUUUUAAUUAGUGUAGUAAAAAAAAAAGUCAAGCUCAAAAUAAUAGUUUAACUACCUAUAUAACGUAGAAUCACAAUAUCAUUAAAAAAAAAAAAGUUAGUGCAGGCAUCAGAUCUUUGUGUUACACCCAGUGGCGUAUUGACAAUAUUAUUCCAGUUCCAUCUAUAAAUUUAAGUGAGUAUAUGGAUAAAACAAGAUAGGUCUGUGUUUUUUUAGUAAUAUAUAAUAAUUUUUGAAAAUGUAUCAACUUAAUAGAAUUAAAAAAUAAUAAUAAUAAUAAUGUCAGAAUAAAUGUUUUUAAUAUGUGUGUGUUAUAUUCAGGUUUUUGCAGAUGCGUUCAAAUAAAAUAAGUUAACCUUAAGCUAAUGGGCGGUAUAUAAAUAUAUUGGCUCCUUAGGUAAACACAGUUCAACACGCCACUGUAUACACCCUGUAUAAUAUUUCACAAGCCGCGUAUUAUAGUGUAUAACUGCACGGGAUUCAGUUAUAUGUGUUAAAUUAUGUUAAAUUACAACUAUAAUUGUAAAAUCAUCUGGUUUAGUUUAAAAAACCUAUUUACGCUACAAAUGUACAGUUUUAAUAAAAUACUAAACAUAUUUGUUUUUGUCUAUAAUGGUAUUACCUUCAGGUUCUAAUUCCCGUAACUUCCCAUUCGCAUUCACAUUAACGUCAUCUCCACCGUCAUGUUUCUACUUAAAAAAACGUUUUAUUCUAUGAGCAACCUGCAAUAUUUAUCAUUAGGUUGCAUAAUGGUUUUUGAGUUCUGAAAUUUCCAACCACUCAAAUAAGUCAAAAAGUAUAUCUGACAACAUCUGAAUAAUCAUAAUGUUACAGACUGGUUAUAAUUGAAAAUCAAUAAAAUCAGCGGUGAAAAUAAAUACUAAAUUCAAGAAUAUUCAAAAUAUUUUAGGAUAAUGAACUCCGAUUGAAAUUAGGGUUUUUUUUUCGGAAGAUCUGUGAUAAAAUACAUACUCGUAUUUUGAGCAAUUUUCAAAUUUUUGACCCUUAUUGAUAUGCGCAAUAAAAUUCACAUUUUCUUAAAUCCAUAAAACACUUAUAUUUAGCAUUAUCUUCAAAUAGUAAUACAAUUUUUUUCUCUUAGAAGUCGCCAGAUAAAUCUUAGUUUAUUAAAAAAAAUAUGAUUCUCUUUCGAUUUUUUAACAAGUUUAAAACGCAUAAUUUUAAAAAUAAAUACAUUUAAUUACUCAUGAGGGAAAAGUUUAUAAACAAGGAUAAUUAUACAAUUUCACAUAUAGUAACAUGCUUUAAAAGUAUGUGCUAAAAAGCUGUUUCUAUUUAAUAAAACGAGUUUUAUUGCAUAUGCAAGCACCUCAACUUUAAAGGGUUAAAAUUUUAAUUUUCAUUAGUUUUAUAAUAUUAGGCAAGUUACUACAAUUUAAAACAAAUAUUUUGCAGGUACCCCAAAAAACCGUUUUUAAAAGAAUCUCCCAUUUCAGUCUGAAUUCAUCGGCAGAAAUAUUUCGAUUAUGAUUGUAGUAUUUUUUUUUUUGUUUUGUUUUUUGAAGCUAUCUUUAACUAUUAACUUAGCUUAUUUAUUUAUUUAUUUAUUUGUUCUUUUGAAUAAUUUGAAUUAUAAUCAACAAAAUCAUUUAACUUGUCCCAUUUCGGUUUAUAUAAAACAUUUUUUUGAUGUCUUGUUUGAUUUCAGUUACAUAGUACAGCUGGCCUGUCAUAAUAAUUCACAAGCAUAACACCAAUAGGCCACAGCCACGGAAAAUGCACGUGUACUACUACCGAAAACGGGCGCGGGCCCCCAAGGACCUGCGGACAGCCAUCGAGUGGGGCGAUUACGCGACGGUUAAACAGACCAUCGGACGUCACCCGCAUCUGGUGCACUGCCCAACUGGCCGGACGGCCGAUCUCCCAGUGCACGUGGCCGCACGGGUCGGCCACCGGCUCAUCGUCGGACUACUGCUGAGCAUGGGUGCCGAUCCAAACGCCCGGAACGCGCACCACCGGACGCCCGCCCACCUGUCCGUGCUGCACCACAAAGACCGAGUUGCCAGGAUGUUAUUUGGCGAUGGAGCUGAUCCGGCCGCCGUGGACGGUUCCAACAACACUGCCCUGGACCUUGCCACUCUUAUGAACGAAAAGUAUACGUACAUACAUGAUUUUCUUGUUUUAGAUUCCGAAAGGAACAAAAAAUAUAUUAGUAUUUUAGUGUCUGUAAACAUCUUUUCUACCAGAUAUUUUGUUUCAAUCGAAAACUUUAUAGAUUAACUAUCUGGUAGCAUUUUUGACCCGGUUAGUGUCCUGUGGAAUUUAUUUUUGAUUUGUUUGUAGUUUUUCUAAUAAAUGGGAAAAACUGGCAAUUUUUCGUAUAAUUUUUGUUAUUAUCUGGGUUACCUAUGCAACUAAUAAUUCUCAGAAUCAUUAUCGUUGCGUGCAGAUAUAAAUUAAAAUAUUCUAUAUUUUAUCCUUUUUUUCAUUUACCUACAAUAAGAAUAAUUAAGACUAUAAAUUGUGAAUUUUUUUUUUUUCUAGACGAUGUUUAAACGUGCUACUGGAUUGUGAAAUGCCCAAAAGUGUGGUGAACAGAGCGUUUUACAAGGCCACAGCCAGAGAAAAUACCAUUCUAAUGAAUAAGUUGCUGAACCGCGGGGCAGUCAUAGACCAACAAAACGCAGCGACGGGUUUCACAGCCCUGUUAGCGGCUAUGAAGUGUAAGCAUUUAAGAUCCAUACAGUUCCUGUUAGAAAAAGGUGCUGAUCCCUCUGCAUUCGACUGGACCAGGUAACCUAUUUAGUAGAUAAAACUAUAGGUAUAGAACCAACUUAGUGAUAUGUAAGUGUUGUGGUAGUGAUUUUAUCAAUUUAUAUGAGUUUUUAUAUUUAUAUCGAAACUCUUAUAAUCCAAAAAUACAUUUAUUUUACGUAUUUUAAGCAAAAUUACAUUCGAGUCGUUAUCUAUAUUUUUGUUUUGGUUGAAGUUUGGAAGGAGCAUGUGAAUUCAGAAAAAAAAUUUUAAGUGAUUUUUUACUGGGAUUAAAUAGGAUUCAGUAUCAAAACUAACGAGUUUUACUGGCUCACUGAGUACAAGCAGUAACUUCACUCCAUAAGUAAGAUACUAUUGUAGGUAGGAAAUUUGAUAGUCAUAUAAGAUAUAGCUGUAGAUAUUUUAAUUUUAAUAACUAAAUGCAAUAUUCAAUCAUUGUAAUUAAAACACGAUUCUGAGCAGAACUCAAUAAACUGCAAGUUCGAUAAUUAAAGAAUACUUAUUUGAUAAAAAAAAAUUUGUCGCAGCAGGUGGACGUGUCUGCAUUACGCCGUUCACCACUCAUAUCCUGUGUGGAUACUUUCGAUGAUACUAAAAAACUCAGAAACCCGUGGAAAACUAAAACAAAUAGUAGAGUUCCGGACUUCCGACAUGCAGGAGACGGCACUACACUUAGCUGCCAGACGUGGAAACUUAUCAGCAGUGUUUGUGCUGCUGAGAGCCGGUGCCCAGAUAAACGCAAUUGACCACCAGGGCCGGACGCCUCUGCUGUCUGCCAUUUCCGGCCACAAAGACGCCGUGGCUGCGCUAUUGGUGAGCUCAGGUGCCGAUAUGGGCCGCAUACCAAGCUUACCGGCUUCCAUAACACCCUUGCAAGCAGUUGUUGCCCGUUGCUCUCCUAAUGACUUGGUGUUAGCCCAGCAUAUGUUAGCACAUGGUUCCAUCGUUGUCGACCUGAAUGGUGACUUGAAUCGUACAGUCAUCCAUUUGGUUUGUGAGUCCGGUUAGUAUUAUAACAUAAUAUGUAUUUUAGUUUUCCGUUUUUAAACCAGGAAAAUAGUUUGAACAAAAUAAGAAGUAAAUAUAAAGCAAAUAAUAAAAACAUAAUUACAUGUAUAAUAGUAUAAUUGCUCAAUAGUAUUAAAAUGUUACAUACAUUUUCUGAGUUUUUCACUGAUAAAAUACACAGAAAAUCAAAGAAUAACAUUCUCAGUGCACUAACUAGAUAACAUUUUAAACAAAAAAAAGCACACAUAAUAAAACCACCAAUGCAUUAAAAAAUAUUAAAUAUGUGAUAUUCCGGUUUAUUAAAAUUAACAUGAUUCGCACACAAACAGGGAUAAUUUUUUAAUAUUUUUGAAGACAAAAUUUGUUUUUCCAACAAAAUAAUAUAUUCGUAAAAAAGAAAAAUAUUAUUCAAUGAAAUAUUUUAAAGAUUUUUAGUCAUUUUUUCAGUUUUAGAACAGUUUUGAAAAAAUAAAAAACAAAUUACUGUUAUUGAUAAAUCUAAUGUAUUGUACCAUUGAAUAUAGAAUAGGAUAGUCUAUUCUAUAAUCAAUAAUUGUAUCAAUACACCCUAAAAAACGAAAACCCCGGGAAACAUAAAAUGUUUGUUGUUCUUGGAUCGAAUCUACAUGACGCGGCCAUUCCCCGAUAAUUUCCUGUACUGAAUUUCUGUACUAUUUUUUCGCGCCGUUUUCAGGUGAUGUGGAUAUGUUGAAGUGCUUGUUAGCGUAUACGAACGAGAAUUCGCUUAAGGCCCUGCACAGAUUCAAUCAGGAAAGACCACCUUUAUUGUUAGCUGCCGCUAAAGGCCACGGACUUGCUGUGGACAUGCUGUUGGCUAUGGACAUAAACGUGAACACGCUCGCUGGCCUCUUUGGCGAGACAGCAUUACACGUGGCUGCACGGACCGGUAACGCAAUGCUGGUUGACCAGUUGCUGAACGCAGGAGCCUGCAUUGACGCACGGAACAACAGUGGAACCGGCUGCCGGCCUCUCGAUUUGGCGUUGCACACGCACGGUCAUCAGUCCACCGUCACCACCCAUUUAAUCCACUCGGACAGAUUGGCCAAGGCCGUGGUCCGGAACGACACGGACGCCGUGGCGUUCCUGCUGGCGUGCGGCGUGACGCCCAACGCAAUAACCAAAACUUACGGUGGCACGCCCCUUCACGCUGCUGUCCGGCAUAGGCAAUACCGGAUGGCAUCUGUUCUCCUGUCGUCGUCCCGCUGUCAGACGUCCAUCCGGUACAAAAGCCUCACAGCGCUUGACCUAGCACUGGCCAUGGACGACGAGCGUGCCGCAAAGAUGAUCACUGCUAGACAGGGCCGUCCACCACCAUCCACCAUGCACACCACCGGGCACAUGAUACUGACCUCUGCCGACGAAGUUGCCACCCAGUGAUGAACAAAGAUGACUAUGCAACACGCCGCCAAUAACAUGCAUUUAUUUUCUUACUUUCAAUUUUUUUUUUAUUUUCAUUCUUUUUUUAUUCAAAAAUUUUAAAAUUCUAUUUUUAUUUUUUCUAUUAUUAUUAUUAUUAUUUUUAUCUUAACACCCUCAAGAUAAACCAACUGUUAGGGAUUUUUAUUCUUGACUCUACGAGAUGAUAGGCCUAUUUUAUUUGUUUUGCCUAUUAACCUUAUUAAACAUAGACAUUUUUUUUUUUUAAUGAUUUUUCACCAUUUAGUAACUCAUGUAAAACACAUAAUGAAAUAUUAAUACGAUGAUAAAAUAAACCACAAUAAUUAUAGCUUAUUAUAAUAUUUAGGUAAGUAUACAUACAAAAACCAAUUUGUAACAAGGAUAAUGAAAUAUUAGUAAUAUUAAUCACGAAAAUACUCAAACCACG